UUGGCUUGGUAUCAGAUCUCCGAUCUGUUUUCACUUUUCACAGCAUUGUUAUUAGUAUCCUUGUGUGAAUCCCACCAAAUCUUGCAAGGCUAGAGGCGCCGACUUUAGGGUUCAUUUCAAGAAACGCAUAAGCUCAGUGUGGAAGAAACGCAUCUUGGUGUGCCUGGCAUACAUUACAUGGACAGGCAACUGAAUGAUCGCAGAGCCAAGAACGCAAUUGGCAACAGCAGCAGAAGAUAACAUUACUAACGUGAGGGUCUGGAAAAUAUUUGAAAAAAAGGAAGAAGAACGUAGCAUAGGCUCCAUGUAUGGGAAAGUGGUUCUCUCAUUCAUAUUCGUGUUCCUUCUCGUCCUCUCCUACUCAAUUUUCAUAGGCUCUCUCGACAUUCGGUCUUAUUUCUUCCCGCGCUUAAAGUCACUCACGGGUGCACUCGCUCCCUGUGCACCCGACCCGCCUCUCCGCGUCUACAUGUACGAUCUCCCUCGCCGCUUCAACGUCGCCAUGAUUGACCGCCGCAACACGACGGAGAACCCCGUCACCGUCCGGGACUGGCCGCCCUGGCCCCAGAACUGGGGCCUCAAGAAGCAGCACAGCGUCGAGUUCUGGAUGAUGGGAUCGCUCCUCCACGACGACGGGGACACCAGAGAGGCAAUUAGGGUUUCGGAUCCGGAACUCGCUGACGCCUUCUUCGUCCCGUUCUUCUCUUCGCUCAGCUUCAACACGCACGGCCACACCAUGAAGGAUCCGGAAACGCAGAUUGAUCGCCAGUUGCAGGUUGAUUUAAUGGAAUUCUUGAGGAAAUCCAAGUACUGGCAGAGGUCUGGAGGUAGAGAUCAUGUAUUUCCCCUGACGCACCCCAAUGCCUUUAGGUUCCUACGAGAUCAAUUAAAUGAGUCUAUUCAGGUUGUUGUGGAUUUUGGCCGCUAUCCUAGGGGCAUGUCUAAUUUGAACAAAGAUGUGGUGUCACCUUAUGUGCAUGUUGUGGACUCUUUUACGGAUGAUGAGCCUCAAGAUCCGUACGAGUCCCGCUCCACGCUGCUUUUCUUCCGAGGGAGGACUUAUAGGAAGGAUGAAGGGAUUGUCCGUGUUAAACUAGCAAAGAUAUUGGCUGGUUAUGACGAUGUUCAUUAUGAGCGAAGUGUUGCUACAGAAGAAAACAUAAAACUGUCAUCUAAAGGGAUGCGUUCAUCGAAGUUCUGUUUGCAUCCAGCAGGAGACACACCAUCAUCUUGUCGUCUUUUUGAUGCUAUUGUGAGUCACUGUGUUCCUGUCAUUGUCAGUGAUCAAAUUGAACUCCCAUUUGAGGAUGAGAUUGACUACUCUCAGUUCUCGGUUUUCUUCUCUUUCAAAGAGGCAUUACAGCCUGGCUACAUGAUUGAUCAACUUCAUAAAUUUCCAAAGGAGAAAUGGACUGAAAUGUGGAGGCAGCUCAAAAACAUUUCCCAUCAUUAUGAAUUCCAGUAUCCUCCAAAGAGAGAGGAUGCUGUUGACAUGCUGUGGAGACAGGUCAAGCACAAGCUUCCAGGGGUCAGACUUUCUGUUCAUAGAAGCCGGAGGUUAAAAAUCCCAGAUUGGUGGCGGAGGAGAUGAUUUUUGGAACUUUCAUGUUGAUCUUGUACAUUCUUCAGUUACAGCAACAAUCCAUGAAAAGGAGGAAUAUUUCAUUCGCCCUCUUACCUCAGCUUUCUAAAAUCGAGAUUUUUGUGUAAGUUCUAAUCUGUGAUUUGUUUUGGUCUUGGCCACUUCCUAAUAUGCAAUUUUUGAUAUCUUUUGGGGCAUUUCGAUUGUAUAUGGACUUUCUAGUUGUGCAACCGAAGAUGUGCUCUCAGGAUGGGGAGAAAGAUAUGAGAGAAAGGGAUUUUGAUUUUAUUUAUUUUCUCAAAAGCUUAGGUAAUGGAAGAAAUGAAAAAAGGAAAUGGAGAGGAGCCUUUCCCCUUAAUUUGUACUUCUCCAUUCAUGUUAAAGAACUCAAGUCAAUUUUAAAAUUCAUUUGAAUUGAUUCACUUUUAUGA